UUGGCGUUGUCUGGGCAACAGUACAGCAUGCGCAGACAAAAUCAAGAGUUUGGUCCUUCCUUCCACAUUCGCAAUCUACGCCGCUAUCUUUAUAUAGCAUUGAAAUAGCACGUUUUUAUCAGACAAGGUUCUACGAGGGAAGUCAAAGAUGAGCGACGCGCCGGUGGCUGACAAAAGUUCCGGCUGCGGCCACGGCUCCGCGGCCCCCCCGCGAGAACGCAAGCCGAGCGGAGGGGUUCUCAAGCGGCUCAAAUCGCGGAGGAACCAGGUGGACAGCAGGCCCGUCACCGAGGACGACCUGCGGGCGCAGAACGGAACCGUCACGCCGGAGGAUAUCCUCGGACUGCGGCUGCCCACACGAGGCUACCUCUGUAAACCCGAGGACAAUAUUUACAACAUCGACUUUGUACGCUUCAAGAUCAGAGACCUGGAGACAGGCACUGUUCUGUUUGAGAUCGCCAAACCUCCACACUCAGAGGAGGACAAUGAAAAUCGAGCGAGCGAUGGAAGCGCGGGGCGGUUUGCACGCUACCAGUUCACCACGGCCUUUCUGCGCCUGAUGACCGUGGGAGCCACAGUGGAAUUCACCGUCGGGAACCGACCUCUUAACAACUUCCGAAUGAUCGAGCGGCACUAUUUCCGAGAUCGCCUACUGAAAAGCUUCGACUUUGACUUUGGCUUCUGCAUCCCAAACAGCCGGAAUACUUGUGAGCACAUCUACGAGUUCCCUCAGCUGUCCGAGAGCUUGGUUCGUCAGAUGGUGGACUCUCCCUACGAGACCCGCUCCGACAGCUUUUAUUUUGUGGAGAACAGACUGGUCAUGCACAACAAGGCUGACUAUGCAUAUAACGGAGGGCAGUGAAUAGCUGCAAGCAUGUAACACUCAUGAACGGCAACACAUUUAUGCACAGGUAAAACGCAAAUGCAUGCAUGUACUCGGGCAUGCAGGUGUAUCUCAAUGAAUAAAGAAUGUUGUGGAAAACUU